CGCGGGCGGAAGUGGCGACGCUGGCGUCCCGGGAGGCGGCGGGCGGCGACAGCCCGGGCGCGGACGCCCUCGGCGCGGGCUGGGGCAUCACCAAGGGCCUCGACCCCGAAAUGGCGCUGCUGGCCGAGCACCUGCUCAAGCCGCUGCCCGCAGACCGGCAGAUCGAGACCGGGCCCUUCCUGGAGGCGGUGGCUCACCUGCCGCCCUUCUUUGAUUGCCUUGGGUCCCCGGUAUUCACGCCCAUCAAGGCAGACAUAAGCGGAAACAUCACCAAAAUCAAAGCUGUAUAUGACACCGACCCAGCCAAGUACAAGACCCUGCAGAACAUCCUGGAGGUGGAGAAGGGGAUGUAUGGGGCGGAGUGGCCCAAAGUGGGGGCCACCCUGGCACUGCUGUGGCUGAAAAGGGGCCUGCGCUUCAUCCAGGUGUUCCUGCAGAGCAUCUGCGACGGGGAACGGGACGAGAACCACCCCAACCUCAUCCGAGUCAACGCCAACAAGGCCUAUGAGAUGGCCCUUAAGAAGUACCAUGGCUGGCUGGUGCAGAAGAUCUUCAAGGCCGCCCUGUACGCAGCACCGUACAAGUCCGACUUCCUCAAGGCACUCUCCAAGGGGCAGAAUGUGACAGAGGAGGAGUGUCUGGAGAAGAUCCGCCUCUUCCUGGUCAACUACACGGCCACCAUCGACGCCAUCUACGACAUGUACACCAAGAUGAACGCGGAGCUUGACUACACAGUGUAGGCGCCCGGACACACAGCCCCACGCGGGCACCAGCAACCCCAUCACUGUGAAUCAAGCUGGGAUUCCCCAACUCUGCCAGCCCAGUCCGGCCCUUUGUGGCCAGCCAGGGUCCGCAGGGGGCGGCCUUAGCUUGUUAGAGGUCUCUUGUUUUCUUGGUUUUUCGUUGUCUUGGCCUAUUCUAAUGGAGCAAUAAACACCUUCCGUACACUCCUCGGCUCCCCCAGCCGCUCAGGCUGAGCCACCACCGUCCUUCCAGCGUGCUUAAAACCAAUUAACGUUGCUAACUUCGCUAACGUUGAGGAAUUCCUAGGGUUUUGUCAUUUCCCCCCUACCUAGCUCAGGAACCCAGCUCAGGGGCCGACAUACACCUCACCCAGCUAAGAAGUCUGGUCCAUCUGGCCUGGGGGUGUCGUGGAUGCUUGAAGGACAAUGGAAGUUUGAUUGGAAGUUCAGCAGGGGCCCUACUGUGGCGGAGUCUGUUUAAAAGGCAAGCUGGCAGGAGCCUCGCGGGGCUCACACAUGUGGCAUAACCAGCCCCACCCCUCCACCCCCGCAGGUUUUUUGUUUUUUUCUUCCCCCUGAAAUGUACCAGCAAGCCUUUUCAAACGACUGACUAGGCACACACAGGUGACCCAUACGUGACUGUAUUUGCAUUCUUCUGCAUAAUUAUUUUCUUCGGGGUUGGCUCUUCCAACCUAAGAAACUGCCUUUCGUGGGAGCCCUCCAGCUGCGGAGACCCAAGACACCACCUUGCUGCCUUAACCGUCCUUCUGGAGCUAAAAGAGCUAUAUUUUUUAAAUUAUUGGGGUAAACACGCCCUGAAAGAAUUGAUGUAUGUUUAAAAAAAAAACAAAAACAAAAAGCCCAAUGAGGAACAAUUGGUGAUUUUUAUGCAGAAAUUAAAUAAUCCUUAAUAAAUAAAUCUAUAUUUUGAAAUCACA